AUGAGUGUCAGCACCGUGUUUGGAAGGAAAUGUAAAUCGUGCCCACGGGCAGCCUUCUCUGAUUCUUCACCAGCGUCUGUCCUGGGACUAGAGUCUUCUCGGCCUGACCCAGGGACGGGCACUCGGGCAGGGCCUCCCCCGCGUGUCUGUGUCCCGGCCCGGCCGCUCUACCCAGCUCCACCCAGCGACGCCUCCUCUAGGAGCCAGCAGGACACCCGGGCGUCUCCACCUCCGCUCAGCAACACUUCAGUAUUAAACUAUUGCCUUCCUCUUUUUUUCCCUAAAUUAAGUUUUUUAAUGGAAAUAAUAAUUUCAGACCAUGGCAUAGUUUUAAAGAGGGUAUUUUGUUGUUCUUGGUAUCCUUACUGUCUUAUUAUUAUCCCCAUAAGGGACUGGGUUGAUACUGUGAAAUAA